AUGUCAAACUCGACGUCUGAUCCCGCUAAAGGAAGUGAGCUUGUGCAUGGUGCCGAGACAUACUCCCGCGACUUCAGCAGCGGGGACCAUGAGCAUAGCCAACAUGCCACCAUUGCCUCGUUUCAUCAAGAUACCUCAUCCAUACAGAGUCGCCCCCCCUCUCGCAUCUCCACGACCAUCCGCCAAGCAGUGACCCCCGUCUUUGGGAAGGUUGCCGUCAAGCGCGCGGCGACUGUCCUGGGCACCAUACGCGAACAUGGCGAGCACGGCACGCGUAAACGAGACAUGCUCAGGGGGCUUCUCCGGGGAAACAAGCGAAAGAGAACCGAGCGCGCUAUGGCUAUUUUCCAGAUGCCAUUGCCAUCACACGGACUUGCUACGAAGUCUACGCAGCUGGCAGAGAAUACUAUGACAGACCUGUCACGUUGGAGAUACAAGAUUGGACUGUACAGUAUCGUCAGAUGGUGGCGGUGUGCCGUGCACGAGGGCUUCGCCUCCUCAAGCCGAUACCCUCCGCUGCUGCAUCUUGUGGGGAUGAAAUGCGACAAGCGCAGCGUCGAGGAGGGCUUGUCUGAUACUCGCACGGCGAAUCUGGCCGCCUUUCCCACGUGUUGCGUUGAGGUGGAAGAGGCAACAUGGCAAGCUCGACGGAUCGGGGCAGAUCGCUACCUCGAGUGCUCGGCACUGACAGGAGAGGGUGUGAAGAGUGUCGUGGAUGAGCUCGGUCGAGAAGUGAUUCGCCAUUUUGCUGUGUCCCGCCAAAGGGCACGCACGACCAUUGAAUGGAAGCCAGCAGCUCAUCAGCGCGUCGGCGAUGAGUACUAUCUUUUCGUGCUUGGCUCCGGUGGUCAUACCAAGGAGAUGCUCAUGAUGAUGGACGACGGACAAACCAACCUUGCCAGAACACACAGGCGGUACAUGGUCUCUCGUGGCGAUGACAUGUCACUGCAUCACUUGGAAGAGUUUGAGAGUCGCGUGAGGCUCGAGUACGACGCUGCAGAGACGGGCACAUAUGAUGUUCGCACCGUGACCAGAGCACGCAGGGUGCACCAGCCCCUUGCCACGACUCCCUUCUCUGCAUUGAAAUACCCGACAAUCAUCUUUUCAAACGGCCCGGCAAAUGGCCUCUUUGUGGCUCUGGCGGUCCAUUUCUUGAAGAUGGCCUACGCCAUUCCCGAGGGCAAAUGCGCCUUUGUGUACAUCGAGUCGUGGGCGAGAAUAUCAACGCUCAGUUUGACGGGGAAACUGUUGCAUUAUACAGGAAUGGCCGAUGGAUUCGCGGUGCAACACGAGCCGGUCGCGCUGCGCUAUGGGGUGACCAACGUCGGUCCUUUGGUGUUCAACUGCCGCCGCGAAGUGUAG